AUGGCGACUGCCACCACGAACCCCCGCCUACACUCGCUCAGACGGCUGCGCCGCCGGUUUCCCAACCGCGUAUUCGCGGCGGUUUACACCUUUGUUAUACUGGCCUUGUUCUACCACCAUGCACUCACCCUCCUUCACUUCACCACUUUCACAUCUUUCUGCAUAUCCCUCACCAUGUUCAUAUCUGAUAUUAUUCUAGCUUACAUGUGGUCCACAACCCAAUCAUAUCGAAUGAAUCCGAUGACCCGACGAGAAUUCCCCGAAAACCUCGUAAAAUUCUUGGACCGGAAAGAUUUUCCGGCCAUGGAUAUAUUUAUAUGCACUGCAGAUCCAUAUAAAGAGCCACCAAUUAACGUUGUUAACACAGCUUUAUCAGUUAUGGCUUAUGAUUUUCCGACAGAAAAACUGUCGGUCUAUUUGUCGGAUGAUGGAGGAUCAGAGCUUACACUCUUUGCUUUCAUGGAGGCUGCUGAAUUUGCUAGAAUUUGGUUGCCUUUUUGUAGGGAAAAUGAUAUUAUAGAAAGAUGUCCAGAUGCUUAUUUCAGCUCAAAUUAUGAUGAAAACCCUAUGACUGGGGAAGUUAAGAGGAGGUAUGAACACAUGAAGAUAAGGGUAGAAAAUGUGGUCGAGAAAGGGAAAGUUAGUGAUGAAUAUAUUUCUAGUGAACUGCAACAUCAACUCUUGAGUCAAUAUUGGACAAAAGACUUUACUCGUCAAAAUCAUCCCUCGAUCAUUCAGGUUCUAUUAAAUGCCAACAAGGACAAAGAUAUUAAGGGACAUCCGAUGCCCAACCUUGUCUAUGUCUCCAGAGAGAAAAGAAAGACUACUCCACAUCAUUUCAAGGCAGGAGCCCUCAAUGCCCUUAUUCGUGUCUCGGGAAUCAUGACCAACGCACCGGUUGUCUUAACUCUAGAUUGCGAUAUGUAUUCCAACGAUCCUUUGACGCCUCAACGAGUUCUUUGCUACAUUUCGGAUAAGUCAAGUCGGCCAAAUUUAGGGUACAUUCAAUUUCCACAACUCUAUCAUGGGCUCAACGAGGCUGAUAUCUAUGCGUCUGAGUAUAAAGGCUUGUUUCAAAAAAAUCCCAUUGGCAUGGAUGGGCUGAGUGGGCCUAACUAUGUUGGGACUGGAUGCUUUUUUCUUCGACAUGCAUUUUUUGGUGGCCCAUCAUCACCAGUUCAGCCAGAAAUCCCCGAGCUCAGCCCCAAUUACAUUGUGAACAAGCCCAUUAUGGAUCAAAAAAUUUUGGAUCAAGUCCACCAUGUUUCUGGAUGCAAUUAUGAGAACUUAACCAGUUGGGGUUCGAAGAUGGGGUUCCGUUAUGGCUCUUUGGUAGAGGAUUAUUACACUGGAUACCGGCUUCAAUGCGAAGGAUGGAAGUCCAUAUUUUGUGAUCCAGAGAGGCCUGCAUUUUUGGGUGAUGUGCCCAUAACUCUCAUUGAUGUUCUGAACCAGAACAAGAGAUGGGACAUUGGGCUGCUCGAAGUGGGUUUCUCAAAGUAUAGCACAUUAACUUAUGGUAUCCGGACCGCAGGGAUUUUGGUGGCCCAGGCCUUUGGACACUAUGCAUUCUGGGGCAUUUGGAGUUUUCCAAUUACAUUCUAUGCUUUCAUCCCUUCACUCACUCUUCUCUAUGGAAUUCCCGCCUUUCCCAAGGUAUCUGAUCCUUGGAUUUGCGGUACUGAAUUGCUUGCCAUUAUAUGA